GCAUGGCGCCUGCGGCUUCACGGGAGCCCCUCUAGGGGAAGGUGGCGGUUGCUCCGAGCGAUUCCCUCCCUCCCUGCGGCCGCGUCAACGCCUGUUGGGCCGGCCGGCCGGCGAGUGAGCCUCCCCGGGGCAGGAGGGGGCGGCCCGGGCUCCCUUCCUGGCCGCCCAAGGCUGCUCGCGGGCUGCAGGGUGGGCAAGGCCGAGCGGGGGGGGGGGCGGGGCCGUGCGGGUGGCGAUGGAGGGCGGAGGAGGGGGCGCCGAGGGGCCGGGGGCGCCCAGCCUGGACGGCAGCCCCCCCGGCCCAGCUGCGCCCCCCGCAGGCGAGAGGGAGGGGCCCGGCGGGAUCUCCUCGGGCGAGCCUGGCGGCGGCGGCAACAGCAGCAUCAGCGGGGGGUUCCCGUUGCACGCCCUGGUCUGGCACAACGACCACAGGCAGCUGGCAAAGGUGCUGCAGAAGCAGGAUGUGGAGCAGCGGGAUCCUCGUGGCCGGACCCCGCUGCAUCUUGCCGUUUCUCUGGGAUACAUCGAGUCCGCCAAAGUCCUGCUGGGGCACAAGGCGGAUGUCACCAAAGAGAACUCUUCUGGAUGGACGGUCUUGCAUGAGGCGGUGAGCACUGGGGAUCCCGAGAUGGUUCAUAUGAUCCUGCAACAUCGGGAUUAUCAUCAGACCUCCACCACCCUUGGCGGGGUUCCAGAACUACUCCAAAAAAUUAAUGAGACUCCAGAUUUUUACGUGGAAAUGAAGUGGGAAUUCACCAGUUGGGUUCCGCUGGUUUCCCGCGUCUGCCCCAGCGACGUCUGCCGUAUCUGGAAGAGUGGAGCAAAGUUGCGCGUUGAUAUCACCUUGCUUGGGUUUGAAAACAUGAGCUGGGAGCGAGGAAGGCGAAGCCUGAUCUUCCGGGGGGAAGAUACUGGAAACUGGGCAGAGCUGAUUGAAGUGUCCUUGACCAAGGAAGGCUGGUGGCGUGAGUAACUUUGGUCACCCAACAGAUUACAAGCUUUGACCUUGGACUCCAUGGUCCCCAAGAGCAAGGAGGUGGAGCGGCGUCUGACCUCCCCCAUCAUCAGCACCUCGCUGGACACCAGGAACAUUGCCUUCGAACGAAACACUUCUGGCUUCUGGGUCUGGAGAACAGAGAAGUCUGAAGUGGUCAACACUUACGACGCCAAGGUCUACACAGCAAACAAUGUGAACGUAGUAACCAAGAUCCGAACAGAGCACUUGACCGAGGAGGAGAAGAGAAGAUACAAAGCCGACAGAAAUCUCUUUGAGUCCUUUUUGGGCACCAUUGAACACGAGUACGGCGCGCAGCAGGACCUCACAACAGAAUAUGCCACAACGAACAACCCGACGGCCAUCUCUCCGGAGGAAUACUUCAGCCCAGACUUUGACCUGAAGGACAGGGACAUCGGGAGGCCCAAAGAAGUGACCCUUCGGACUCAGAAGUUCAAAGCUACCUUGUGGAUGUCGGAAGCGUUCCCGCUCUCGCUUGUGGAACACGUGACUCCCAUCAUUGACCUGAUGGCCAGGACCAGCGCCCACUUCGCUCGGCUCAAGGACUUCAUCACCUUAGAAUUCCCGCCUGGAUUUCCAGUCAAAAUAGAAAUCCCCUUGUUCCACAUACUGAAUGCUCGCAUUACCUUUGGGAACGUGAACAGCUGCAGCACCAUGGAAGAGGCAUCGCCCGAGACCCUGGAAGGGGCCCAGUGGCAGCCAGCCUCUGCCUUUGCAGUGGACCAGUCCGUCUUUGAGAUCCCGAAAUCCUACCGCGUUCAGGAUGACUUCAGGAAUGCGCGUGUUCAGGACGAAGACAACGAGAUCAUGCAGUUCGCCAUUCAGCAGAGCCUGAUGGAGUCCAGCCAGAACACAGAGGCCUUGAGUGCCACCUCCAACGGGGCAGUUUCCUACUCUGAGGACCUCAACCUUCAGUACCAAAGGGCCUUGCAGGAGAGCCUCCUCGUGGACGCCAGCCCCGCUGCCCCGGCGGCCCCGCUGAGAGACUCCUCCAGCUUUGACCGGGACUUGCAGCUGGCCAUGGAGCUUUCUGUCCGUGAGCAGCAGGAGCUGAAGCGGCGGCAGGAGGAAGAGGAAGCCGAGCUGCAGCAAGCCCUCCAGCUCUCCCUCCUGGAGAAUUAGGCACUGGGGGCAGCUGCAGCGUGCACCAGAAAGCGACGGGGAAGCCGCUCGUGGCAGCAGCUCUGAGAACUGCAGUGACUCAGCAGCCCAGAGCCCUGGAGUGGCCGUCUGUGGUUCAGGGGAGCUGCCAGAACCAUCCCUUGGCGCACCGUGCACCACCCCCCGUUCUCUUUCCUUGCACUGCCUUCACAUCCAUUGCCCAGUUGCCUUCCUGGAAAGACGGGUGGGACCUUUGCCGGGCGUGAUUCCCCUGGAGAGCUUGACUAAGGGGGGGGCGGGGGAGAGGAUUGCCUCACCCUGUGCCAAAGAGAGGGGCAGCGCCCCAGGUUUUGUUGAGUUUUGAAGGCUCCCGUAAAGCGUGGCGCUUCUUUGUUGGGGCUGUGGGAGAGCAAUUUCUCUGACUCCCCGCUUCUUCCUCCCUGCUCCGCCUCCCUCGUGUAGCCAUUCCAGACUCCAUUCCCUUGCCUCCUCUCUCCCUGCAAGAACCUCUGGCUCUAACUGGUGCUUUGUACAGCUUCCUCUCGGGUUGUUUUUAAAGCCACUUACAGGAACCGUCCUCUGUGAUGAAUUCCCACGGCAAACCGCCUCUGGCUUCCUUUUAAAAGGGGUCGAUAAACAGCUGACUGCCUUGAGGACUAGCCUCUUGGGGUGUUCCCAGGGCCUUGCUUUCUGGGUCCUGCUGCCCUGAUUGGCAGCGCAGAGGCUGGGCCUGUGUCUGUGCAUGCCUGUUCCUCCCCUCCUCUCCUGCAGUCUCUUGGCAAAGUCCACCAGCCACGGGUGGGGACCAAGAGCCCCCCUUCCUCAUUGCUCCCCCCAGUUCCAGGAAGUGAGCAGAGGGAUGGUGGCGCCAGGGGCGGAACCAGACCGUACCCCUUUGGUGUGGAUCCUGUGCUUGAGGCUGAAGGGUUUUCCCUCUCUCCUUGUGCCCUGCUGCCAUAAAGCUCUUCCUGUGUCUGCUGCGCACUGCAAACGCCAAAGGCAGCCUGGCCCUUCUGAACAGGGGGGGCUUCUCUAGUGCUUGAGUCCCACCUCAGGGUGCAAACUCCCUCCACCAAGUCCCGUCCUUCUGCAAUAAACCUGCUGGGGGUUUGCCAGGCCUUAUGAAGCCGCCUUCUGUUGUGGCCAGCACCCGUGGCUGGCCAGAUGUUGCCUCACAGGGACCUGUCCCCCCUCCUUCUGGGGCGGAUCCCGGCAGCAUCCAGAAGCCCCAGCAAGUGGGCCAAGUUCCUGGGCUGCGUUUGUGCCUGGCCUGGGAGCUUCCUUUCUCUUUCAAAUAAAGAGCAAAAAGCACUUUGCAAAAAA